UUGAGCAGAGUGGAGCUAACGAAAGGAAUAUCGAAAAUGUUGCUGCUAUUGAUUAUUUGCAGCUUAAGCAUAAGCUAUAGCUACGCUUCAGAGCACUCAGCUGAGGGUCACUAUGGGAGUUCGGGUUCGGGUGUUGGCAUUGGCGACUAUCAUCAGUAUCAGCAUGAUACGCCCACCACCUACUCUGAGACUUCAAAGCAUGUGCCAGUGCAUGUGAUAGAGAAGGUGCCGCUGCCCAUACCGCAUCCAGUGGCUGUGCAGGUGCCCAAUGUGAUUCGUCUGCAAAUUCCAGAGCCAUAUGCUGUGCAUGUGCCCGUUCAGCAAGAGAUUCAAGUGCCUGUUUACAAAAUUGUGCCCGAAAUAACAGAACGCAAAAUACCCUACACUGUGGAGAAACCAUAUCCAGUUGAAGUUGAAAAGCCGUAUCCUGUGGAAGUAAUCAAGCAUAUCAAAAUACCUGUUCCCAAGCCAUAUCCUGUGCCCAUUACUAUAUAUAAGCAUGUGCUGCACAAGGAUCAUGGCUGGUAGUAGCUUAGUAUAUAUAUUUUCACAAGUGCGGUUUAGUUAAUGCAAGUAUUAUUAAUUUGCUGUGUUGUGCUAAUGAUAACUAGGAGCAAAUGAAAUA